CCGCGUUCCGAAAUGGCAGAGGAGUCCGACAAAGCCGUGAAGUACUAUACACUGGAAGAGAUCCAGAAGCACAACCACAGCAAGAGCACCUGGUUGAUCCUGCAUUACAAGGUGUACGAUUUGACCAAAUUUUUGGAGGAGCACCCUGGUGGGGAAGAAGUCUUAAGGGAACAAGCUGGAGGUGAUGCUACUGAAAACUUUGAGGAUGUCGGACACUCUACGGAUGCUCGAGAAUUGUCCAAAACGUUUAUCAUUGGAGAGCUGCAUCCCGAUGACAGGUCAAAAAUAACCAAGCCUUCGGAAACUCUUAUUACUACUAUUGAUUCUAAUUCCAGCUGGUGGACCAAUUGGGUGAUCCCAGCCAUCUCAGCACUGGUUGUAGCCCUGAUGUAUCACUUCUACACGUCGGAACACUAAACACGUUAUCAGAAGCCAAUGGAAGGAAAGACUGCUUAGGUCUGGGGAGAAAGAAGCCACCGUUAACUUCAUCAGCUGACAGAACCCCGCACCUGAACAUGAUUUGAAUACACCUGUUUGCCUUUCCUCCUACGUUAGACACAAAACAAACGAAAACAAUUGUUCUUUCUACUCCUGAACUUUUAGAGUGUGCCUUUUUAUUCAUCAGCUUUGUUUUGAUGUUCCAUCACUAUGUCAUUUGCUUAUUGUGGGCACAAUCUUUUAAAA